GGAGGGCGGGGGCGCGCGCGGCGCUGGUGGCGCUGCCUGCACGCGCCGUUGCCUGCACGGAGCGCGGCGGCGGCAGCGGCGAGCAGCAGCAGCGGCAGCAGCAGCAGCGGGAGCCACCGGCGCGCACGGCGAUGCCCGCUCUGCUCCCGCCGCUGGCCGCCCCCUGAAGACACCCCUCUGUAUUUCCCCCCCCCUCCCCUCCGCUCUCCAGCGACCUCAGGCUCUUCCCCCCCUUCCCCUUCCCCCCCUCCCCUUCUUUUUCCCUUCCCUCCCCCCCCCCCGCCUCUUUAUCCUCCUUUUUUGCGACCCUCCGCACCCUCCCGGUUGCCGUGUGGAUGCGGCCCGGGGUGCCUGGCUGCGCGGGUGGCGAGAGCAGAUGCUGAGGGGCCGGAGGAGGAUGGAGUGCACCCUCGAUGCGCAGAGUUUGAUCAGUAUUUCCCUGCGGAAGAUCCACAGCUCCCGCACGCAGCGAGGCGGCAUCAAGCUCCACAAGAACCUGCUCGUCUCCUAUGUGCUCCGCAACGCCCGGCAGCUCUACCUGAGCGAGCGCUACGCCGAGCUCUACCGCCGCCAGCAGCACUACCCCGACGGCGCUCCGCUCCUCGCCAUGCCCGCCUGCCCGCCGCCCGCCGCCGCCGCCCCGCCGGAGCUGGCGGCGCUCCCGCUGCCCGCCGACACGCAGGACCGCGAGGCGCGGAGCUGCGCGGCGGCGCGGGGCGGUGCGGAGCUGCUGGAGGUGCCGGUGUGCGCGGCGCCCCCGGAGCUGCAGCGAGCGCCCUGCAGAGACUCGUCCCCGGGCUUUUACCGGGCCGCCGGUAGCGCCGGUCCCGGCGGUGGCGGCGGCAGCAGCGCGCCCCCAGGGCUGCUCUACGCCGCCGGCUGUGACUUCGGGAGCGGCGGGGCGCCGCACUGUAGCAGCCGCACCACGGUGCUGGAUUUGGACACUCACGUCGUGACCACGGUGGAGAACGGGUACUUGCACCAGGACUGCUGCUCGCAGUGCCCCUGCUGCUGCCAACCGGCACCGGGGCUCGCCUCCCUGCCGCCCACGCCGGGCACCAAGCGCAAGUAUUACCCGGGGCAGGAGGAGGAAGAGGAGGGGGUGGAGGAAGGGGAGCCGGGGGGAGGCGGGGUGGCGGGCGGCCCCCCCUUCGCCCCGUGCACCAAACGCGCCCGUUUCGAGGAGUACAGCGCCGAGCACCCCCAGGACUCUUCCAACAUCUCCAACUUGAUCUCCAUCUUCGGCUCCGGUUUCACGGGGCUGGUGAGCCGGCAGCAGGCGGACUCGGAGCAGCCCCUCAACGGGCAGCUGUGCAGCAAGCAGGCGCUGGCGAGCCUGGGAGCCUGGACUCGGGCCAUCGUCGCGUUUUAGAGAGGAGCGGGGAGCAAAAGGGAGGGGGGGGCGGGUGUGUGCGUGUUUGCAAAACGGGGGUGCGAUCCGAGGGACAGCGGUUC